GUAUGUGCUUCUAGGUCGUGGAGAACUGAUCCAUUUAGUUCAAAGCUUUACAUGUAUUCCUCGUGGCUGGCUUGUAUAAGUAAACACCAUAUUUUAAAUUUAAAAUAAAAGGACCCUCCGCAGCCCAAUCUUGAAAUGAAAAUUAAACAAUAAUGAUGGCCAUUACCAGGAAGGAACCAUUAAUGAUCUUGACUUCAAAGCAUGAAUCCAGGUGUACGUGCUGGAUUUAUUUUCGUGAUACUUCCUUCAUUUAAAUCCUUUUACGCUACACAACUAUAAAUAUGUCCACCAGACUAUUCCAACUUAAAGCAAAAACAUUUCAGCAUUACCAACUUUCUCAAAUAUAUGGCAAAUUUCCCGAUCAAAACCAAUAUAUCUCGGCAUCUUUUCCGAUCAAAAUGUCUUUUCCUUUUAGUCUUUAUUGUGAGUGGCACUCCUCCAGAAGACCCCAUCAAAUGUUCAUCGAAUAAUUCCACCUGCACCAUAACAAACUCUUAUGGCAUGUUCCCCGAUCGAAGCGUGUGCAAGGCAGCCGACGUGUCCUACCCUACCUCAGAACAAGAGCUCAUUUCUAUAGUAUCAAUGGCAACGAUUGCAAAAAGAAAAAUGAAAGUGGCAACACGCUUCUCUCACAGCAUUCCGAAGCUGGUUUGCCCAGAUGGAGCAGACGGGUUGCUCAUUAGCACCAAGUAUCUGAAUAAGAUACUGAAAAUUGAUCCUGAAGCAAUGACAAUAACUGUGGAAAGUGGGGUGACAUUGAGACAGAUCAUUGAGGAGGCCAGCAAGGCGGGGCUAGCGUUGCCUUAUACACCAUACUGGUGGGGCUUGACGAUUGGCGGGCUAAUGGGAACAGGAGCUCACGGAAGUUCAUUAUAUGGUAAGGGGAGUUCAGUCCAUGAUUAUGCUGUUGAAAUAAGAAUUGUGAGUCCAGGAAAAGCAGAAGAUAAAUAUGCUAAGGUCAGGGUGCUGAAUGAGAGUCAUCAAGAUUUUCAAGCCGCUAAAGUUUCACUAGGUGUUCUUGGAGUUAUAUCUCAGGUAACUCUGAAGUUGCAACCCCUAUUUAAGCGAUCCAUCACCUACGUGGUGAAGAAUGAUUCGAGCCUAGCUGAUGAAGCGAUUAGUUUGGGCAGGCAACAUGAGUUCGCAGACAUUAUUUGGUACCCGAGUCAACGCAAGGCAGUCUAUCGAAUCGAUGACCGUGUUCCCUCUAAUACAUCAGGCAACGGUUUGUAUGAUUUCAUUCCAUUCCGCUCCACCCUUACAGCUGAAUUGGCAAUAGUCAGAACUGCAGAGGAGACUCAAGAAUCAACGAAUGAUGCUAAUGGCAAGUGCAUCGGGGCAAAGCUUGUGACUACAACGCUAGUCGACACUGCAUUUGGCUUGACAAAUAAUGGUAUCCUCUUUACGGGCUAUCCAGUAGUUGGAUUUCAGAAUCGUUUUCAGUCAUCGGGAACCUGCCUUGAUAGCCUCCAAGAUGCAUUAAUCACAGCGUGUCCUUGGGACCCUAGAAUCAAGGGGGAGUUCUUUCACCAAACCACUUUCACUAUUGGGUUGUCUGUCGUCAAAAACUUCAUUGAAGAUGUACAAAAAUUAGUUGAUUUGGAGCCCCAAUCAUUAUGUGGUCUAGAGCUUUACAAUGGAAUUUUGAUGCGCUAUGUUAAAGCUUCAAGUGCUUUUUUGGGAAAACAAGAGGAUUCAAUUGAUUUCGAUGUUUCAUAUUACCGAAGCAAAGACCCAAUGACUCCUAGGCUGUAUGAAGAUAUUCUUGAAGAAAUUGAACAAAUGGCGGUGUUCAAGUAUGGAGGACUGCCCCACUGGGGAAAGAAUAGAAACAUUGCGUUUGAUGGAGCGAUAAAAAAAUAUAAAAAUGCAAAAAAAUUCUUAAAGAUUAAAGAGAAAUACGAUUAUUUAGGGCUUUUCUCUAGUGAGUGGACAAACCAAAUUCUUGGAUUGAAAGGUGAGGUGAGUAUAGUGAAGGAUGGAUGUGCACUUGAAGGGUUGUGUAUAUGCUCACAAGAUAGUCACUGUGCUCCUAGUAACGAUUAUUUAUGUCGACCAGGUAAAAUUUAUACCGAUGCAAGAGUUUGUACUCGUGUAAGUUCUAAGAUAAGAGGUUCUUCUGCCUCUAGUGAUGAAUUGUGAAACAACAUAUAAUUAGUUCAUGAUGUGAUAUUAUAGUUGAAGUUACUAAAUCCAAAGUCUUUUAUUUUCUUUUAGGAAUAUUAUAUGUAGUUAUCAUAAUAUUCAUGUAUUUUUUGUUUAUAGAAUAUAGUUACCACAUGUAUAAUAAAAAUUGUAAAUUAGAAAUUACUUUCAUCUAUUUUUUAGUUUUAUGUCUUUUUAGGUUGUAUAACUUUGAUUAAAAAAGAUAUACUUUUAUAUUUA